AUAAUGGAUAGAUGCACUUUAAUAGUGAUUAUGGUGAUCGGGAAUGGAAUGUAUCGGUGAGUGUGGAUGGCUCCAGACGGGAAGAGGUUAAAUUUCCACACUGGAAAAGAGCUCCGUGGAGGGGGGAGGAAAGGAGGUGUGUGUGUGUGUGUGUGCAUGGCAAUAGACGAGUCAUUCCUGCUUUUUCCCUGAAUGAAAAAGCAGUGAGUGGGAGCUCCUUUGCACCGGCUUUUCACCAUCCUGAAGCUUCGGGAUGUAAAAAAAAAAAAAAAAAAAAAAAAGUGGGAUGGAAAAGUUGCAUUGAUCGCUGCAUGCUGUGGUUCUUCCUUUUUUUCUGGGACAAGACGCACACAGGACCGGAUUGCAAAGUUUCCCAACUCUGGACUGGAAUAAUGUGACUGGCACGGAAGGAGGUGAACUUUUUUUUUCUUCUGAAAAUAAAGGAGCUAAAUGCUUCGGGAUGCUUCUGCAGAGUGGACUCAACUCUUCGACUCGUUUUCUUUUCUUCAUCGCAUCUCCUCUUUAGAUUCCUGCACACUUUCCAGAAGACAGGACAUGUGUUGACAUUCGUUUGUGUUCCAUUUUUAAUCCAAGUGUGGACUUGAUAACUCUGGAUGCUUUCCUCUCCGACAUGAAGGACUGGAUGCUUUGUGAAUAAUUUGGAUUACUGCAAGAAGAAGAAGAAGAAGAAGAAGACGUAGUGGGGGGGAUUCCUAUAAAGCGAGACCUUGAAUAAUGUCUCCAACUUCUACUGGAUUUCUAUUGCUAUUAGGAAUUCUCCAUGUGUGCUCAGGAUCCCGUCUGCGCCAAGAGGACACGCCACCCCGGAUAGUGGAGCACCCGUCUGACCUGAUUGUAUCCAAAGGUGAGCCGGCCACCCUCAACUGCAAGGCGGAGGGGCGUCCCACUCCCACCGUAGAGUGGUACAAGGAUGGCGAGCGGGUGGAGACGGACAGGGACGACACACGGUCCCAGCGCAUGCUGCUGCCCAGCGGCUCGCUCUUCUUUCUGCGCAUCGUGCACGGCCGGCGGAGCAAACCCGACGAAGGCUCCUAUGUCUGUGUCGCCCGUAACUACCUUGGAGAGGCAGUGAGCCACAACGCCUCGCUGGAAGUAGCCAUUCUACGUGACGACUUCAGACAGAACCCCGCUGACGUCAUCGUGGCAGCCGGAGAGCCGGCGGUCCUGGAAUGUCAACCACCGCGCGGCCACCCUGAACCCACCAUCUCUUGGAAAAAAGACGGCAUAAACAUCGAUGAUCGAGAUGAAAGAAUCACCAUACGUGGAGGGAAGCUGAUGAUCACGAACGCGAGGAAGAGCGAUGCUGGGAAGUAUGUCUGCGUCGGAACAAACAUGGUCGGCGAACGGGAAAGCGAAAUAGCCGAACUUACAGUGCUGGAGCGUCCCAGCUUUGUGCGUCGGCCCGGAAGUCAGGUGGUGUUGGUGGACCAGAGCGUUGAGUUCAGAUGUGAGGCUCGUGGUGACCCAGUUCCGACGGUGCGGUGGCGGAAAGACGAUGGAGAUCUACCCAAAGGACGAUACGAAAUCCGGGAGGAUCACACGUUGAAGAUUCGCCGUUUGAUCUCGGCAGACGUCGGUUCUUACACCUGCGUGGCGGAGAACAUGGUGGGCAAGGCGGAGGCAUCGGCCAGCCUCACCGUCCAUGUGCCGCCUGCGUUUGUGGUCAGACCAAGGAACCAGGUGGUCGGCGUUGGCAGAACCGUCACUUUCCAGUGCGAAGCCACCGGGAACCCUCAACCGGCCAUUUUCUGGCAACGAGAAGGAAGCCAGAACCUGUUGUUCUCCUACCAACCGCCCCAACCUGCAAGCCGCUUCUCCGUGUCCCAGACAGGAGAUCUAACCAUCACGGAUGCCGAACGCUCGGACGUGGGCUACUACAGCUGCCAGGCCCUGAACAUUGCCGGCAGCGUCAUCACCAAAGCCCUGCUGGAGGUCACAGACGUCGUGUCAGACCGCCCUCCUCCGGUUAUCCGCCAGGGACCGACCAAUCAGACGGUGGCGGUGGACGGCACGGUGGUCCUCACCUGCGUGGCAUCAGGCAGUCCCACCAUUCUGUGGAGAAAGGACGGAGUGUUGGUGUCCACCCACGACUCUCGAGUCAAGCAGCUGGACACGGGUGCGCUGCAGAUACGCUACGCUAAGCUGAGCGACUCCGGCGCCUACACCUGCAUCGCCUCGACGCCUGGCGGGGAGGCCUCGUGGAAGGCACAUUUAGAAGUCCAAGAGUUUGGAAUUCAAGUCCAGCCAAACAGACCCACUGACCCAAACCUGAUACCUAGUGCCCCCUCCAGACCCGAAGUCACGGAUGUUACCCGGACUUCUGUUACGCUUUCCUGGAAGCCGAACCUCAAUGCUGGAGCCACGCCCACAUCCUACAUCAUAGAAGCUUUCAGUCACGCAUCAGGGAGCAGCUGGCAGACUCUGGCGGAUCACGUGAAAACAGAAUCCUUUGUGUUGAAGGGCUUGAAGCCCAGCGCCGUCUACCUCUUCUUAGUGCGGGCAGCCAAUGCCUAUGGACUCAGCGACCCCAGUCCAAUCACCGAUGCUGUGAAAACACAGGAUAUCCCUCCAACCAGUCAGGGCGUGGACCACCGUCAGAUCCAGAGGGAAUUGGGGGAGGUUGUCAUCCACCUGCACAAUCCCACCAUCCUGUCAUCGUCCUCCAUCAGGGUGCAGUGGACGGUGGAGCAGCAGUCGCAGUACAUCCAGGGUUACAAGGUCAUGUACCGCCCUUCGCCAGAAGGGCAGCAACGCAGCGAGUGGGCCGUAUUCGAGGUGCGCACGCCCAGCGAGGACACCGCCGUCGUGCCGCAGCUGCGCAAAGGUGUCACGUAUGAGUUCAAAGUCCGGCCCUUCUUCAACGAAUUCCAGGGCACCGACAGCGACGUCAAAAUCGGCAGAACCCUCGAGGAAGCCCCCAGUGCACCACCCCGUGAGGUUACAGUGACAGAGAGCGGUGACAAUGGCACUACCAUCUUGGUCUCCUGGCAACCCCCUCCUGAGGAGAAACAGAAUGGGGUGGUCCAGGAAUACAAGAUUUGGUGCCUGGGGAACGAGAGCAGGUACCACAUCAACCGCACCGUGGACGGCUCCACCUUUUCCGUGCUCAUUCCCAGUCUGGCUCCGGGGAUCCGCUACAGCGUGGAGGUGGCUGCCAGCACGGGGGCGGGUCCAGGGGUCAAGAGCGACGUCACUUACUUCCAACUUGACUCAUCAGGCCGCAUGACGGAGGCAGUGGACGGCCAGAAUCCUCUGUCCCAGCAGAUCUCCGAUGUGGUGAAGCAGCCGGCCUUCAUAGCCGGCAUCGGGACGGCCUGUUGGAUCAUCCUCCUGGUCUUCAGCAUCUGGCUCUACCGACACAGGAAGAAGAGGAACGGCCUCUCCAGCAGCUACGCCGGCAUUCGCAAAGUGCCGUCCUUCACCUUCACACCAACAGUGGCUUACCAGAGAGGCGGGGAAGGAGUGAGCAGCGCUGGAAGGCCCGGCUUACUCAACAUGGGGGAGUCGGCCACGCAACCCUGGCUGGCCGACACCUGGCCCAACUCCUGCUCCAACCACAACAACUGCAGUAUCAACUGCUGCGCUGCAGGCAACGGCAACAGCGACAGCAACCUUGCUACGUACAGCCGACCCGCCGACUGCAUCGCCAAUUAUAACAACCAGAUGGAUAAUAAGCAGAGCGGCCUUUUGGUGCCCGAGCCGGGAGUUUACGGAGACGUGGACUUGUCCAACAAGAUCAACGAGAUGAAGACCUUCAACAGCCCCAAUCUGAAAGAUGGCCGCUUCGUGGGCACGGGCGGGCAGCCCACGCCGUACGCCACCACGCAGCUCAUCCAGUCGUCCAUCAUGAGCAACAACAUGAACGCCGACCGAGCGACGUGCGGAAGCGGCGGAGGGGAGCUGAACGACAAACACUGCUGGAAGCCCGGUGGCGUCCAGAAACAGGAAAUGGCUUCCCAGCUGCAGUACAGCAUCAUGGAGCAGAACAAGCUGAAUAAGGAUCGCUACAGAGGCGGCGACACCCCCACGCCAGCCACCAUCCCAUACAACCACAGCCAUGACAGCCAUACCGGGGGCUCCUACAACAGCUCGGACCGAGGCAGCAGCAGCACCUCUGGCAGUCAGGGUCAGAAGAAGGGAAUGCGCACCCCUAAACUACCUAAACAGAGCACAAUGAAUUGGGCUGACCUCCUGCCUCCCCCUCCUGCAAACCCACCCCCAACACGGAACACAGAGGACUAUUCCCUGUCAAUGGAAGAAAGCUGCGACCCAGACAUGCAGUGCUCCAUGCCCCCCUCGCAUAUGUACCUGCAGCCCGAUGAGCUGGAGGAGGAAGAGGAGGAGGAGAUGGAGCGCGGACCGACGCCUCCCGUGCGGGGCACGGCGUCCUCCCCCGCCGCCGUGUCGUACAGCCACCAGUCCACCGCCACGCUCACGCCCUCGCCACAGGAGGAGAUGACGCCCAUGCUGCAGGACAGCCACGAGCGCAGGCGCCAUGCUGUGAGCCCCCCGGCGCCACCUCGUCCCCUGUCACCCUCGCACACAUACAGCUACAUCACCAACCCCCUGGAUCCGGACGGCUUAGAAGAGGAAGAAGAAAUGCUGGAUGAAGACGAAGAGGAAGAUGAUACAGAUGCGGAGGUGGCCAAGAUGCACUACCACCACACCCACCCUCACCCGCACCACCCCCAGCAGCAGAUGCAUCCGCGGCGACUGCUGCUGCGAGGGAUCGAACAGACGCCAGCGUCCAGCAUGGGCGACUUGGAGAGCUCGGUGACGGGAUCCAUGAUCAACGGCUGGGGGUCCGCUUCCGAGGAGGAUAAUGUCUCCUCGGGGCGAUCCAGCGCCGUGAGCUCAUCGGACGGAUCGUUCUUCACCGAUGCUGACUUUGCUCAGGCCGUGGCCGCGGCUGCCGAGUAUUCGGGGCUGCGAGUGGCCAAACACGCCAACAUGCAAGGCCAGGAAGGGGCAGCUCUGUUAGCACGCAAAUACCAAAUGAACCCGGCGGGUCAUCGUCCCGGCAGCCCGGUAUCCACAGAUAGCAACAUGAGCAUGGCGGCGGUGCACAGGAGGCCUCCAAAGAAGCAGAAACAGCAUCCUGCAGGGAACCACAGACGUGAAGCCUACAAUGAAGAUCUCCCACCGCCACCCAUCCCGCCCCCAGCAGUGCUGAAGUCCCCCACACACCCCUCCAAGGUGGGCCUAGAGAGCCGAGGGGUGGUCUCCCCGAAAGGUGGAAGACCAGGAGGAGGAGCAGGUAGUUACAGGCCCAAAGAAGGCUCGGACCCCAGAACCAGCUCAUCGGAACGCAAGGAGGCCCAGGAGAGGCAUAAAGCUCCUGGGGCCAAAGGGAACAAACAUGAUGGCGGCGCCACCGGACCCAAGGGGCGCCAACAAGCAGCAGGUCCAGAAGACAUUCUGCCCUACAGCCGACCACAGUUCCCUGUGGUCAACAGCCCCAGAGACCCCAGCUCGUCCAGCUCCAUGUCCUCCAGGGGUUCGGGGGGCCGGCGUAGAGGCGAGGUGGGCCACAGGAACCCUGCGGACGUCAGCCUCAGCACCACGGGGGCCUUUCAGACAGGAAAUGAAGAGUUAGAGAUGGCGGAAAGCUGAAGAAAAGGAAGAUUUGCUUUGUUUUUUGCAGCGCACCCUUGUUUCUCUUUUUUGAAUAUGUCAGUAUUUCACCACCAUGUCAGCUGCCAUUUAUACUGUACAUCACUAGUCUUUCUUUUGGCAUCGUCUUUUGCCUAAUUUAUCAUGUUCUGUCAGCAUUUUGAGACGGCGAAACAAGGAAAUGAAAAGGGUGCGUUCAAGUGCACCCUUAGGGUAUUUAUGUUGAAUUCCAAUGCAAUAUGGAGUGUAAUCUUGACAUGUUACUGUAAGAUGCAAGCAGAGAGGGCUGGAUUUGUGUGUGUAAAUAUAUGUGUAAUACAUGGCGUCCCAUGGUGGUACCUCAGAUUUGUCCCCUUCCCCAAAACCCCAGCCCUUUUUUCUAAUUUUAUUACGCCAGUAAAUAUAAAUAUUUUAUCAUUUCCAUCCAUGUUGUAAAUUGCGAUAUUAUUUAGCGAACCUGUCCGAGAGUGUGCCACUUUGGGAUGUUUUUUUUAUUUUAUUUUGUUUUUUGUAAUGCACUGUUAUGUUCUGUGUUGUCGAUGUUUGCUAUUUUUUUGUUUUACAUUGGUUUUAAAAGCACAAUCACUAAACUUUAUUUUAAACCAUUUUAUCUAUUAACCUUUUUGUCUUACUGGAGGUAUGACAAAAGAGUCUAGUUAAUCUUGAUGAUGAUGAUGAUGAUGAUGUUUGAUGACGAUGAUGAUGGGGGUUCAAGUUGCCGAGACUCCCUCUCCGGAAAAGUGACAAAAAAGGACAGUUGAUGUGAGUCAUGGCUGCAAUGUAAAUAUUUCUUUGGCAUUGAGCGUAAUAUCAGCUAUUGCACAUGAAACUGAAAGUGAAAGUGAAAGAAAGGCUUACUUUGUCUACUAAUGCACUUAAAAGAAUGUCAAGUCAAAACUACAAAGGCUACACAGGAGUCACUUUGGAUGGGGGGAAUCUGGAGAGGAAGAAGAGUCUCUUUUUGUGGACACAAAAAAAAAAACCAGGAGGCGAUGAAGCCCCGCCUUUUUAAGGGAGCAAAGGGUGCUGUUGUUUAUUCAUCGGACAUCUGCAAACAUUUGUUUCGUAAAGCAAAAAAAAGGAAAAAAAAGAACUGAAAAAAAAAGAAUGAAUAAUAAAAAAAAUCAAACUAUAUGUGAUUUGUUGUCAUUUGUUGAUGUUGGAAAAUCUUUGGGUUGGGACUCAUGCUUGCAUUGGAUUUAUUACGACAGCCGGUUUAAUUUCCACCCCUACAUUCCGGCCAUUAAUUGUCCUCCUUGCAUCCAUAAUCACGUGUUUGCAUAUUAAUACAUCUUCCUGUUCUGAUAGGCCCACUGAUGGAUUGAAACAGGAAAUGUGCAGAGAAGCUUACAGUAGCACAACCUGUGACUUAGCGUGGUCCUUAUUUUUCAACUUUUGAAAUUUCAUGCUCUCAAAAAAAAACAUUUCGGACAAAUUUUAUCAAUAUUG